AAGCCUCCAGAGGUUUUGGACCCAGAAAUCCAAACUUUCUUUUAGAUGGCAAAGAUACAUCCCCAAGUCCCACAAGCUUCUCUUGUCUCUAUUCCCUUCACCACAUCCAAGCAAGAAACUUUCACAAUUUGGAUGAAAUCUCUCAUACUCAGCGGCAAAGGCUGCACUGUAUUUGAUUCAAGCGGCCAGAUUGUUUAUCGUGUUGAUAACUACAAUUGCAAGUGCAGCCAUGAAGUUUACCUAAUGGAUUUCACCGGGAAAGUGUUAUUCACCAUAAGAAGAAAGAAAUUUAAGCUGCUUAGGUUCUGGGAAGGAUAUAGAUCAUUCAAUGGAACAGUUGACGAUGAAGAUGAAAUCCCAGCUUUUCAAGUGAGAAAAAGUUUCAGGAUUUUAGGAGGAGACUUGCUAUGUGAAGUUCGUAUUCGGUUGAAUAAAGAUCAACCAUGCCAAUAUUAUCAGAUUGAAACCUGCCCAGGCCAGUCAACAUUCAAGAUUGUAGACAAGCUCGGCGGGCUUAUUGCAGAGGUGAAGAGAAAGCAAUCAAAAUGUGGAAUUAGUUUGGGAGAAGAUGUUUUGACAAUGGUGGUGGAGCCCCAUAUUGACCAUUCUUUCAUCAUGGGCCUUGUUGUAGUGCAUAGUAUCAUCAACUGUAGGAUUUGAAAUUGAUGAAGCCGAAAGAAAUACUGUAAAGCAAAUCUGCGACCCAUAGUCGUAUACGAAUUACUGUUGAUAUAUUAUGUAUAAAGUCCUGAUAAGCACUUCCACUGUCUGUUAGUAGUAAUUAACAAUAAUCUCCUAAUUAUCCUUUCAAAA